UGGCGUGAGAAACGCGGACGUGACGUCAUAGAUAAGUACCUCUAUCUUCCGCCUACCAGGCUGGCGAACACAGUGUAAAUCGCUCUCUGGGUUUCCCCACACAAAACCCACUUCUGGCUGUCAGCGCUGCCCUGAGAGUCUUUUUUCCCCCUCUCCUUAGAUUGUCCUGUGACCAGCUUUCGAAAUGAGUGACGGGGAGUGUGACUUCUUCUGCUUCUUCCGCUGCUGCUGAGCGCGCUCUCUAUGCGCCUCAGACAGACGGAAAGGCAGGGUGUCUCUGAACAGUGACACAAGCAGGUGGACAGGAGUGUGGAGAGACACAGGAAGGUGGACUGUCCAACGAGACAUUUCAGCUAAUCGGACCACUAGGAUCCGACGGGUAGGCUGGUUGUCUACCUGUCCGGGUGAUUGAUUCAAUCGACUGGAUGUCUGUGGACAUGAACAGCCAGGCGUCGGACAGUAAUGAGGAAGACUUCGGGGUGAACUCUGAAGAAGAGGAUGAUGAUGACGAUGGGGGAGAAGAGGAGGAUCAGGGCGACAUCCAAAGCUACUAUGAAGGUGUGGCCAGCGAUGUGGAGCAACAGGGCGCUGACUCAUUCGACCCAGAGGAGUACCUGUUCACCUGCCUGACCUACAAAGAGAGUCAGAGGGUGCUAACGGAGGAGGUCCACACUGUGGCUGCUGCACUGAAGGUUUUACCAGCGGUAGCAAAACUGAUCUUGGUGCACUUUCACUGGCAGGUUACACAAAUACUGGACAGAUACAAGUCCAACUCAUCUCUGCUGUUGUCGGACGCUCUGGUCCAGCCCAGCAGCACCUGCAGAUCAGUCCCUGCCCUUCAGUCCCUCCAGUGUGGUGUGUGUCUACAGGUUGUCCGGAGAGACUCCCUGCUGGCACUGCCCUGCCAGCACUCCUUCUGCAAAGCAUGCUGGGAGCAGCACUGCACUGUACUUGUCAAAGAUGGCAUUGGAGUGGGUAUCUCGUGUAUGGCUCAGGACUGUUCCUUGCAGAUGCCAGAAGACUUUGUCCUGCCGCUGCUGCCAGCAGAGGAGCUGAAGGACAAAUACAGACGCUACCUCUUCAGAGACUACGUCGAGAGUCACUUCCAAUUGCAGUUGUGUCCGGGUGCAGACUGUCCCAUUGUCAUCAAGGUGCAGGAGCCCCGGGCGCGCAGGGUGCAGUGUGAACGCUGCAAUGAGGUCUUCUGUUUUAAAUGCCGUCAGAUGUACCACGCGCCUACAGACUGUGCAACGAUCCGGAAAUGGCUGACCAAAUGUGCAGAUGACUCGGAGACGGCUAACUACAUCAGCGCACACACUAAAGAUUGUCCUAAGUGCAAUAUCUGCAUUGAGAAGAACGGAGGGUGCAAUCACAUGCAAUGCUCCAAGUGCAAACACGACUUCUGCUGGAUGUGUCUUGGUGAUUGGAAGACUCACGGCAGUGAAUACUACGAGUGCAGCCGCUACAAAGAAAACCCUGAUAUAGUCAACCAGAGUCAGCAGGCUCAGGCCCGAGAGGCCCUCAAGAAAUACCUCUUCUACUUUGAGAGGUGGGAGAAUCACAACAAGUCUCUGCAGUUGGAGGCUCAGACGUACCAGAGGAUCCAGGAGAAGAUCCAGGAGAGAGUGAUGAACAACCUGGGAACCUGGAUUGACUGGCAGUACCUGCAUAACGCUGCAAAGCUACUGGCUAAGUGUCGCUACACGCUUCAGUAUACGUACCCUUACGCCUAUUACAUGGAGUCCGGCCCACGCAAGAAACUGUUUGAGUACCAGCAGGCCCAGCUGGAAGCAGAGAUAGAAAACCUGUCGUGGAAGGUGGAGCGGGCCGACACCUAUGAGAGAGGAGUGGUGGGAGGCGAGGGGGAGCUCAGCGCCAGCGACAGAGGGGAUCUGGAGAAUCAGAUGCACAUUGCUGAGCAGAGGCGACGUACGCUGCUGAAGGAUUUCCACGACACCUGAAGCUCCAUCGCGACUGCAAAGCACCAGCAUCUCCCUCCUUACUUACUAUCUUUGCUUCCUUCCAUGACCAUCCCUUGGUGCAGUCAUACUGACCCCUCCUUUUCGCUUCUCUAUACUCGCUCAUUUGCUUCUUUCUUUCUGUCUUUCCCUCCUCACUCCCAUAACGCUGCAGGGUCACGGAAUGGCACGAUUGUAUCUCUCCUUCCUCUUCUCAUGCCCACCCUCACCUCAUCUACACGUUUUGGCUUCAGAGCAUCACAUUCAGUGCGGUUACACCUAUUGCAGCUUCUCAGAUCGGAUCAUAUAGGUCAAAUUUUGAGGUUUUGUCAUGGGUCUGACAACAUUGGGUAUUUUUUUAUUUCACAUUAAGCGUUAAGACACUGACAUGAGCAGCUAAAAUUAACAUGUUGCCUGUUGAAAAGAGUGUCAGAGCUCCCAACAUUAUCCCUGUGAUGCUGGAAUAAUCAUUAGACAGAAAAGUAAAACAAGUAAAGAUGGAGAAGCUUUUGUUAUUAAGCAGACGAGGAAGAUGGAAUACAUUUUCUUUAAGGAGACUGUGCUGAUUGUGGAUCUGUAUUUGGUGGUUUCAUAUAGACCAUAAUGACUAGUGGGCUGUUGCUGGCAGUUGUACCUGUAGCACUUACUGUGUUAGCCUGAACCGAAAAUUUUCAUUUCAGUUAACUCUCGUAAGCUGGAAACAAGUGAAGUGUGAUACCUCUAGAUUAAACAUGUCACACUCACUGCCCUGGCUCUGUUUUGAAUAAGCUUUAUCAUCAACCAGAUAGAUGCAACUUGACAUGUCAAUGAACAAUUCUCAAUGGCAGAUUAUGGAGAUCUUUUGUUGUAAAUUCUGCUGUGUAUAUGGUGUGUUUACUGUGGAAAAAUGGUGACCUCACUGUCCCACGUACUCCUUAAAUACCUAAAAACAAUAUUUUGCUACGUAUGAUGCAUGUUUAUGUACACAAACUACUAAAGAAUAUGAUGAAUGUGUGUUUAGACAACAACUUUUUUUAGAUCUUGUUGCUGGUGUUUCACAAUAAACACACCUCCCCCCUCUUCUUUGUUGUGUCAGUACCAAAACUGAUCUGCUACAGCCUCUACUGCUAGCAAAUAGCUGCUAGUUAUUAUGAUCGAAGUAAAACUACUGAAUUACUUUGUCCGAAUCUUGUCUCUUUACGUUCUCACACAGGCGUUUGUUGCUUUGUGUUCAGCUAAUGUAGAUCCAGACCAGUGUGAGCCAGACCUCGAACAUUUGCACCUCCACUGAAGUUGUUUGAAGCAGCUAGUGUAAUCUCAGCCAUUCACGCACACUACAGCACCACCCAUAGACAUUUGCACGCACAUACCAUGCCGCACAUUGACACACUCACGCGCAAACACUCCGCUGCAAAAGAAAAUAAACGUUAACCAUUAAUUUGUCUCCUUCCCCCAUCUUGUGCUCUUUUCUCUUUCUUUACAUUCAUCCCCUCAAUGCAUUUUGCUCUCUUUAUUUUCUCUUUUCUUCCCACUCACAUUGUUCACUUUUCUUCUGGAAAAUGGCUGUUGAUAGAUAGAUCGUUUAAAAAAAAAAAUGGAAAAAAAAAAAAAAGUGGAAAAAAAAUACAAAAAAAUUGUUGUAAUUUUCAACGGUUGUACAUUAAUACAGAAAUAGAGUUACUGAGAGUUUUUAAAACCGGA